AUGGCGAUGAACAAAAUCCGAGGCGCCUUUGCGGUGCCCCGGAAAGGAGAGACAUUUGAAUUGCGCGCUGGGCUUGUUUCCCAGUAUGCCUACGAACGAAAAGAAUCCAUUCAGAAAACCAUCAUGGCUAUGACUCUGGGCAAGGAUGUUUCAGCGCUCUUCCCGGAUGUCCUCAAAAACAUUGCUACGUCUGAUCUGGAACAGAAGAAACUCGUCUACCUUUAUCUCAUGAACUACGCCAAAUCGCAUCCGGAUCUCUGCAUUCUCGCCGUGAACACCUUUGUACAAGACUCGGAAGACCCCAACCCAUUGAUUCGAGCCCUGGCCAUUCGGACGAUGGGCUGUAUCCGGGUGGAAAAGAUGGUCGAUUACAUGGAGGAACCGCUGCGCAAAACACUUCGGGACGAGUCGCCGUAUGUCCGCAAGACCGCUGCCAUUUGUGUAGCAAAGCUCUUUGAUUUGAACCCGGGAAUGUGCCUCGAGAACGGCUUCUUGGAGAUGCUGCAGGAGAUGAUCGGCGAUCCCAACCCGAUGGUGGUGGCCAACUCGGUGACUGCAUUGUCAGAAAUUCAUCAUACUGCCCCCGAGACAAGAGCAUUGCAGGUGACUACCAACAUACUACGGAAGAUGCUUAUGGCCCUGAAUGAGUGUACCGAGUGGGGACGGGUUACGAUCCUCUCGACCUUGGCUGAGUAUCGGACGUCUGAUGUCAAGGAGUCGGAGCACAUCUGUGAGCGAGUUGCGCCGCAGUUCCAACAUGCCAACCCUAGCGUGGUUCUUGCGGCAGUCAAGGUAGUGUUCUUGCAUAUGAAGCGUGUCAGCCAAGAGCUGUCUAACACUUACCUGAAGAAGAUGGCUCCCCCAUUGGUGACGUUGGUUUCCUCGGCACCUGAGGUGCAAUAUGUGGCUCUGAGAAACAUCGACCUUCUGCUACAGAAGCAGCCCGACAUUCUCAACAAAGAACUGCGAGUCUUCUUCUGCAAAUACAACGACCCCCCGUAUGUCAAGUUUCAGAAACUUGAAAUUAUGGUGCGAAUAGCGAACGAACGCAAUGUGGACCAGCUGCUAGCGGAACUGAAGGAAUACGCUCUUGAAGUUGACAUGGAUUUCGUUCGGCGCGCCAUCAAGGCGAUUGGCCAGGUUGCCAUCAAGAUCGAGAGCGCCAGUGAGAAAUGCGUCAACACGCUGUUGGAUCUGAUCAACACCAAGGUCAAUUAUGUUGUUCAGGAAGCCAUUGUUGUCAUCAAGGACAUCUUCCGGAAAUACCCUGGCUACGAAGGUAUCAUCCCAACACUCUGCAAGUGCAUUGAUGAACUGGAUGAGCCCAACGCACGAGCUGCACUUAUCUGGAUUGUUGGCGAGUAUGCCGAGAAAAUUAGCAACGCGGGGGAUAUUUUGGGAGGGUUUGUCGAUGGGUUCAAUGAGGAAUUCUCCCAGACCCAGCUUCAAAUUCUCACUGCCGUGGUGAAACUGUUCCUGAAGCGGCCUGAAAAAGCCCAAGGCCUGGUACAACGGGUGCUUCAAGCGGCCACUGCUGAGAACGACAACCCCGAUGUCCGUGACCGAGCGUAUAUUUACUGGCGCCUUCUUUCCAACACCAGCGAUUCCAACGCCACCAAGAACAUCGUGCUCUCAGAAAAACCUCCUAUUGUCACCACUAUCCACUCACUACCGCCCACGCUGCUGGAUCAACUUUUACUCGAAUUAUCCACACUUUCUUCCGUGUACCACAAGCCCCCGGAACAGUUUGUCGGGCAAGGCCGAUUCGGUGCCGACGCCGUGCAGCGAGCCGCCAUCGAGGAACAAAUUCAAAACGCGCGCGAGAACCCCUUGGCUGCGGCGGCCGCCGCUGCCGCCGUUAGUGGUGCUGCACCCCCUGCGCAGGCGCAAAACAACGUCGAGAACCUGCUGGACAUUGAUUUCGACGGCGGUGCCCCGGCCUCCGCGCAAAAUGAGCCGUCCGGCGGCAUGUCUGGCCUGGAGGGACUCGCUGGCACCCCCGUGCGGGUGCAGUCCCCGGCCGCCAAUGCGCCGGCGCCGCAGGCGAGCAACAACCUGGAUGACUUGCUGGGUGUGUUUGGGGAUUCCGGUGAGGCCCAGCCCUCGUCGAGUGGUGCCACUGGUGGUGGCGCUUCGGCCGAUCUCAUGAACGGUUUUUCUGGUCUCGAUCUGUCUGGCAACGCGACUCCUCCGGCGAACAAUGCGCCCAAGAAAACCAACGAGGACAUUAUGUCGCUCUUCUAG